GUGCUUUAACAAAAAGAUGCUCGGAAUCUAAUUACAUAGUGGUUUUGGCAUUCAUAGUGCGAGAACGUAAGGAAUCGAGUGUUUUACUCUUAACUAAAUAUCGUAACAACAAGAUGAAGACUAUGCAAUGUACGAUUGCCGUAGUUUUUAUAAAUCUUAUAGCUAUUACAAAUGCUCUAACUAUACUUUCCCCCGAUAAUAACGAUCCACCUAAAAUCACAGAAGGACCAUUACAUACCAUAGUAAGUGAAGGAUCAACUGUCACAUUCAAAUGUCGUGCAUCGAAUAGUCUUAAAAUAAUUUGGGAAGUCAAUGGAAUGAUGAUUAUGAACAUUGGCAGGAAAUAUGAGAUAUUACCAUCUGGUGAUCUAAAAAUCGAGAAAGCCUUUUUUAUGGAUUCUGGAGAAUAUACCUGUAGGGCAUUUAAUCAAUACGGAUCGGUGAAGGAGAGUGCAAAGUUGGACGUUAAACAAAAAACAAGAAUUUUCAAAGAGAACCAUAUGCAAAAAGUAACUGUUGGAGAAACAGCAGAAUUUCGUUGCAGCGUAAUGUUUGAUGAAAGUCUUUCACUUGAAAUUGAAUGGCUUAAAGAUGGAGCACCCAUUGACUACGAGAAACAAGAUAGAUACUCAAAAGGAAAUGAUAACUCGUUAAGAAUACUUAAGACCAUUGGAGCAGAUUCAGGUGAAUACAUUUGCGUGGCCCGUACUGAUGUCGAUGAGGAUAGAAAAAUAGUAACCCUAGUGGUUCAAGAUGUCCCUAAUCCGCCCAUGAUAGUGGAAGUUAUUUGUAAUGGCUUGAAUGCUGACAUCACUUGGAAACCUCAGGGAGACAAUCGCUCACCAAUACUUUCAUAUUCUCUUGAUUAUAACACAUCGUUUACGCCCCAGAAUUGGGUCGAAGGCGAAGGUAGAAUACAUUCAUCUCAAUUAAAAUACACUUACAUCAUGAAUCCAGGGAACACAUAUUCCUUCCGAGUAGUGGCACACAGUCGAGUUGGACUAUCACCCCCUUCGGAACCCAGUAUGUCUUGUACAACUCAACCAGAUGUGCCACAGAACAAUCCCAGGAAUGUUAAAACCGAAUCAGUUGAUCCAACAAAACUGGUUAUAACGUGGACUCCAAUGCCAGAAAUUGAGCAUAGUGGCCCAAAUUUACACUACCGAGUGUUUUGGAAAAGGGAAGUUCCUGACAGCGAAUGGGAAUCAAAGGAAAUUCUCGAUUGGCAGGAAAGUAAAGCUGUUAUUGAAGACCAGCCAACGUUUGUGAAGUAUCUGGUGAAAGUACUAGCGAUCAACGAUCGAGGCGAAUCGAGAACCCCGGCUUCAGAAGUUAUUGGAUAUUCUGGGGAGGAUCGACCUUUGCUAGCUCCGAAAAACUUCAAAAUGUUAGAAUUAGAAGGUAGUACAGCGGCUUACUUAAAAUGGGACCCGGUUAGUUCUGAAUCAUUAAGGGGGCAUUUUGAGGGCUACAAGCUCAAGACUUGGACAUCUAAUGAAGGCGAAGAAUCAUUUCGGGAAGUAAAAGUUCAAAAUGACAAGAAUGAAGUUCUUUUUACUAUGCUCAAACCUUAUUCAAAGAACUUUGUACAAUUAUGUGCAUACAAUUCACGAUUUGACGGACCAAGCACUCUCAUAAGCUUUGACACUCCCGAAGGACUUCCAUCACAUGUUGAAAAUCUACAGGUAUACGUGCUAAGCGCAACAGACAUGCUGAUCAAAUGGGAUAAGCCAUUAGAACCAAACGGACGACUUACAGGCUACAGAGUUUACUAUGAGGAGAUCAGAGGUUCCUAUGUCGGUGAUAGACAAGAAAUGCAUGGCCGAAUUAAUGACCCAGAAGUUACAAUCGCUAGGUUGGGACUUUUAAGACCUGAUACAAAAUACAGGAUAUCAGUGUCGGCAACAACAAAUAUGGGAGAAGGAAGAGAAUACUUUAUUGAAAAGAAAACAUUACGUUUAGAUCGAAGGCCUCAAGAACCAUCAGAGCCGCAUUUCAAAUGGGAGCCACUCACAAGCAUUAAAGUGACUUGGCAACCAUUUAACGGUUAUCCCACUGGAACGCAUUUCUACACGCAAUAUAGAGUUAAAGGCGAGACGGAAUGGCAUGAUAAACCUGAGGAAGAAAAUGAUCUAUCACAAAUUAUAGGUGGUUUGAGCCGUAAUACAACGUAUGAGUUCCGUGUUGUUUCGGUUGAUGGAAAAUAUAAAAAAGAAAGUGGAAUUCAAGAAAUAAAAACUCUUUAAAAAAAAUUAAAAAUUA